CGGUCUCCAGGGAGCGGGCCCGGCACGGCGGCAUGGACGCGACCACCGCCCCGCACCACAUACCCCCGGAAAUGCCCCAGUACGGGGAGACGUACCACGUCUUCGAGCUGAUGCAGAACAUGCUGGAGCAACUCCUGAUCCACCAGCCCAAGGACCCCAUCCCAUUCAUGAUCAAGCACUUGCAACAGGACAACGAUAAUGUGCCGAAGAUUGUGAUAUUAGGUCCACCCGCCUCGGGGAAAACAACCAUAGCGAUGUGGCUUUGCAAACACCUGAGCACCAAUCUUCUCACGAUGGAAAACCUGAUCGCCAGAGAAUUUUCCUCACUGGCUGCAACUGCCAGGAAGCAUUAUCAGAACACGAAGAAACUGUCCAGCGCGCUGCUCGUCAGUCUGAUCCAGGAACGCCUGAAGGAGGAGGACUGCGUCAGGCGGGGCUGGAUUCUGGAUGGCAUCCCUGAAACUCGGGAGCAGGCCUUGAUGAUCCAGACCCUGGGGAUCACCCCCAGGCAUGUCAUUGUGCUGAGCGCUCCUGACACCGUCCUGAUUGAGAGAAACUUGGGCAAGAGAAUCGACCCUCAAACGCGAGAGAUCUAUCAUACCACCUUCGACUGGCCCUCCGAAUCUGAAAUCCAGAACCGACUGAUAGUGCCAGGGGACAUCUCGGAGAUGGAGACGGCACGGAAGCUGCUGGAGUAUCACAGGAACAUCAUCAGGAUCCUCCCUGCUUACCUCAAAAUCCUGAAAGUCAUCAACGCUGACCAGCCGUGCGUGGACGUCUUCUACCAGGCUCUGACCUACGUCCAAACCAGCCAUCGAUCUAAUGCCCCGUUCACCCCGCGGGUGCUGCUUUGCGGGCCCGUGGGCAGUGGGAAAAGUCUGCAGGCGGCCCUCCUGGCCCAGAAAUACAGCCUCGUCAACGUCCACUGUGGGCAGCUGCUGAAAGAGGCUGUCGCUGACGAGUCAAAAUUCGGCGAGCUCAUCAAGCCCUAUUUCCAGAAGGAGAUGGCAGUUCCUGACAGCAUCAUCAUGAAGGUGCUGAGCCAUCGCCUGAGCCAACAGGACAGCAUUCAGAAGGGGUGGGUGCUGCACGGCUUCCCCAGAGACGUGGACCAGGCACACAUGCUGAACAGCCUGGGCUUCCAGCCCAACAGAACACGCAGCCAAGUGUGCGGUGCCCACAGCGACGGGACUGGACUCGGAGCGCUAGAACCGUAUGAGCCACGGAGGGGUCCAAAGUGGGGAAAAGCAACACCCGCGGUCUUUCCUUAACUGGGCAAGCGGCCGACCAGCUGCCUGCUGCAGCGACUGAGCACCUGCCACUUUCUCUUGGGCGGAAACUCAGGUAAGACUGCCCCGCGGCGCCGUCCGGACACAGACACCCCCUCCAAAGUCUCCAUUUCAUUUUUUCUAUGAUCAUCUCCACUUCGAAUGUUUGCCAGCAACCUCUGUCCUAGUAUUAAAAGCUCAUGACACCGGUGCGGGACCUUCAGGAAAAGGCUAGGUCGUGCUAAGGAUAUGGCACGGUCUGGUUUGACCAGGGACCCUCCGCUCAAACCCAGGAAGGAACCUGGCCCUCCUCGGGUCCUUAGUCUUUGCGGUUCUGAAUGUGCUAGAAAAGGGAACCACGCACCAUGUUAGAGGUGGCAGGAAGUGCGUCACUGUGUGAGUCGGGAGCACCCCCCUGGCCAGGCACUUCGCAGCGGGUGCUGCAGAGCGACCCAGACGAAGCUGACAGCUCCCGCCCUCGAGGAGCUUACGGCCGAGUAACGGCCGCUGUGUACAGACACGCGACAGCGCAGGGAAGCGACCGACUUCUCUGGAUGCGGGAUAUUCCAGCAGAAGGCGCUUUUAUUCUUACAAGUUUUAUUUAAACACCAAAAGUCUGGAACACACCACCUAAUCCGAUGGUAAGAAUAAGAAACUCUCUCCUUUCUAUAACCUUAAGU